AUGUCCUUGUCCACCUUCCGCGCAGCGACUGGGCGCGUCCACUUGUUUAACCUUUCACCAGCAGUCAAUUCCCAACACGCUCAAAAACGUGUAGGUCGUGGACAGGGCUCGGGUCGAGGCGGGACGUCCGGCCGCGGUAACAAUGGCCAAAAGUCACGGGCCGGAAGAGGGCCAAGGGUUGGCUUUGAGGGUGGACAGACACCAAUAACAAAGCUCCUCCCGAAGCGCGGCUUCGUCAAUUCGAGCGGCAAGAAGUACGCGCCAAUUAAUUUGGACCGGAUACAGCAUUGGAUAGACCAGGGCCGCCUAGAGUCCUCUCCAGAGAAGCCCAUUACUGCCCGCGAACUCCUUUUGAGCGGCUGCAUUCACCAAGUCCAUGAUGGUAUCAAGCUUUUGGGUGAUGGGAUGGAGCACCUAAAGACUCCCAUCCAUAUCACUCCCUCGCGAGCAUCACAGAGCGCUAUCCGUGCGGUCGAGAAGCUAGGCGGCACCGUGUUCUGCAAAUAUUACAACCCGUUGGCCCUCAAAGACUGCGUCAAGGGUCGAACAGAUAGGACAGAAGCAGCACCGACGCAUCGCAGAGACAUUCUCUGGUACACCCAGUGGAAGAACAGGGGAUACCUGUCGUCCACGGCCGUCAAGACGAUGCCGGUGGUGGAGGAGCGAUGGAAAGUCCUUUCGCAACAGUUCCGCCGUCACAAGGUGCAGGGCUUCGCCAAACCCAGGCACACCCUCUAG